AAAAUAUACAGUCUAAAAUUCUUCGCUGUGAAAAAAAUCGUACAAUGAUUUCCAAAGCAGUUGAAAACAAAUAAUCUGCAACGGAAUGCAUUAAACAAGAAAAGUGCUGAACACAGUGUUAAAUAAAAACAUAUUUUCUAAGAAUUUACACCAUUUGUGCCAAUAGACGUUUCAAAGAUGCAGGAAGAAAAAAUAACAUUAUUUUUGCAUCGAAAGAACGGAAUUAAGAAAGUGAAGAUCCGACCGACGCAAAAAUUAAAAAAAAUGAUGGACUUUUAUUCAAACGAGACACUAAUACCACUUGAAAAGCUCUAUUUUUUUUAUAAUGGACGUGAAUUGAGUGCAAGUGAUACACCCGAAGCCAUGAAUAUAUCCAACAAUGAUCAAAUCGAAGUGAAAAUCGAUACAAAGAACGUAUUUGAGACCCCAACUGAACCAAGUCAAAGUGACAACCAAACUGAUACGACCGAAUCAGUUACAUUCACGGAAACUUCAAAUCGUCCAGAACAGAUGGAGCAACAACUAUGUGAUGUUGCUUCAGAGACAUCGAUUAACACAAUGGAACAAACGCAAACAUUGGAUGAUGCGAUAGCUUCAACAUCAACCGAAAAACGGAAAAAUGAAAAUGAUGAUUCCGAUAGCCCACCAACGAAAGUCCGUAAAACGUAUCCGAUGUCACCAACAAAACAAAAUUUGGCCAUAAUUGCAAAAUAUGAAAAUGUAAAUUGGCUCGAAUGUUUCCGUGAUAUUUUAAAAGAUGAUUCAAGUUCAGUUUUAUUGAAUAACGAAGAAUAUCAACGUAAAUUGGAGAUGGAAAAUGAAGAGCUGAAAACGGCAAUUGAAAUGUUAAAAAGUAAUCAUAAAAAGGAAGUUCAACAGCUAAAAGAGUCUUAUGAAAUUGAGAGUGUACUUAAUUUGGAUGAAGUGAAAGUCAGAACCGACAAAAUAAUAACUAAUCUCCAAGAGCGCUGUGAUACAUACGAGAAUGACAAAAAAGAAUUGGAAAGAGAGAUCGACCAUUUGAAAAAGUCUUCAAAAGAAGGUGAAGAUAAUUUUACCGAACUGAAAAUUGAAAACAACCAAUUGACCAGUCAAUUGCAGGCCGCAGUCUACCAUACGAUUCCGAAUCAAUCCAGAGAAAUUGAAAACUUACGAAAUGAAUACAACCAGAGAGUAAAGGAAUACUGUUGCGAAGUUGCGCGAUUGACUCAAAUAGUAAACACCCAACGUAAGGAAAAAGAACUCACACAACAGCUUGAACAAAACAAAAUCAAGUAUAUGGAUUCGUUAAAAAUCCAAGAGGAACAAACGCAUAUCAUAAGUCGAUUGCGCAGUGAAAAUGAAAUUUGGAAAUCGCGCACAAACAACUUAAAAGAAGAAAAUGGUCAAUUGAAAACUGAAUUAGGCUUAAUUCAAUCAAAAUACCGUCAGGAUAAAGAAAAUAUGAACGGGUUGGUUGAAGAUAUGAGAGAAAGUGUUGUGGACCGAAUAAUGGGCCCUUAUAAACGCGAAUUAGAAACAACAGAUUUUUUAAACCAAGCGAAUGACGAAGUUACGAUGGCAGAAAAAACAGAUAAUAAAGGACGAAAAUGUGUACAGUGCCAGAAUUCGCAACCCUCACAAAAAUUAACGUUGUUAUAUUGCGGUAACAAUUGCAAACUAAGAUAUUUUAAGGAUCAGUAUGAUAAGGGUCAGCAGUGAGACUUUAAUCAUACUUACAUUUAGGUAGAAAACUCAAAUGCAUAGAGUGCACACAUGAAAAGGUGAUGCAAUGCGUACAAAGAAGACAAACAAACAAUAAGACUGUCUUUCUUCACUUCAACAUUUGUAGCACAAGCGAAAAAGCCGUUAAAGUAUUUAAUACCAGCAAAACCAAAAAUUCAAAAAAAGAUAUUUUUUAUAUCUGUAAUUUUAAUAUAAAUUUUAAUUGGUUGAAAAAGCAACUAAAUCAAAAAUG